AUGCAUAAUUCAUCGACAGCAGAAGGAUUCAUCUUCGAGGAACAAGUGGGAGGUGCCAGAGUUCGUUUGAUAAGUAAAAAUGUUAAGAAAGCAGAAGGACGUUUUCGUGGAAUUGUGGAACUAGUGACACUCUCCAUCGAGUUACCUACAACUAUGACAUCUCACCCCCAAGCAGCCGAACUAUUUUCGGAAACAUUGGUGGAACUAGCAAAGAGGCACGACCCAUUCAAAACUACGAAUACAAUGGUUGGAAUAGGGAUAGAUUCAGAAGAGAACCCAACUUCAAUCAUAGGCAUACCACUUCGAGAAAUCAGAAAAGUCACCACUGAGGAAAUUGUUACAAAUCUGAGCAGAAUUUCGCAAUCAAAUAAGUCACCACUCGAACUGGAUAUUCCGAAGCUUGUUGUAACAUUUACAUACGUGAACCCUCAAACCGGAAGUGGAAAACGAAAGUUCGACACAGGAUCGAUAUUGGAACUGACGGCUUUUGAAAAGCGACAAAAGCUUGAAGAGUUAGACAAGGAUCUUUUCAAUGAUACGGAAACGAACAAAGCAAAACUAACAAGGUCGAAUAUUAUGCCAAACGAAGUUCUCGACGAUUGUCUGCCACAUGCGCUCUAUCAAGCUCAAAUGUAUUAUGAGUGGAAACACUGUCAAUCAUUAGAGAAUUUGAGGAGAUACCGUGAUUCGAUCCGAAAAACGUAUAAACACCCAGGAAUCUGUACUCAUGUUUAUGAGACAGUUCAGAAAAUGAAAGAAAAGGUUGGAAUGGUAAAAUCAAACAAUUUCGAUCGCCUGGACAUAGAACAAUUCCAAAAGUCUGUGUUUGCGGGACAAUACCAAAUCACGUGUUUUGUCAAAACAUCCAAAGUACCUUACUAUGUUGGCCCAUACCUCGGACCAGGAAAACAACUGGUUUUAUAUCUAAACGAUGGUCAUUAUAGUGGAGUGAGAAGUGUUUGUGCAUUACUGAAGACACGGUUUUACUGUUUUCUAUGCAACACAAGGUGCCGAGAUGCAUCAUCUCACUACAGUUGCCCACUGAUUCAUCGGUUGUGUGGUAAAUCAAACUGUCCAAAAACAAAGAAAGGAGAAGAAAUUAGAUGUGAAUCAUGCACAGUACUUUUUCAUUCCCAAGAAUGCUAUGAUAACCACAGGAAAAAAGGACCAAAUGGAGGAAAAAGUUGUUGUGAUUAUACGAAGGCUUGUAAGAAGUGUAACGGUAUAUACUAUACGAAUAAAAAUAAAGAUGCCCACAAAUGUGGCGAGAAGUGGUGUUAUCGAUGUAACUGUAAGAGAACCAAAAAACAUGAUUGUUUUAUGCCGAAGUCAAUCAAGAAUGAGAAGAAACUAACUAGACAACGAGUGUACUUUGACAUAGAGAGUAGAGCAGAUGAAAAGACAGGACAACAACACCCAGUUCUAUUUGUUGCUUUGCGGUGCUGUCCAAAUUGUUCAACAGUAAUUCCAAAGGAUGUCAGCAUAACUAAAAAAGAAAUAUGCGAAAAAUGUGCUCCUGAUGGUCGUUUGAAGAUAAUAGAAUGCAUUUCACAACGUAAUAGAGAUGUAAAUGUAGCUCAAGAACUAACGAAAUGGCUUUUUGGGGAUCAUCACAGAGGUAGAGUGGUAGUAGCCCACAAUGCAUCGGGAUAUGACGCACAAUUCAUACUCGAACAGAUGAUUUCAAGCAACAAAGCAACACCGAAACUGAUUCUGGAAGGAACAAAAUUAAUUUUUAUGGAGCAUAAUGGUGUACGACUGUUGGACUCUAUGAAGUUUUUAACGAUGAGUCUCGCAGCUAUGGGAAAAGCUUUUGAAAUUGACUCAGUCAAAGGAGAUUUCCCGGUACUUUUUAUCAAACCAGAUCAUUACGAUUAUGAUGCCAACAUCCCAGAUGAGAAGUGGUAUGAUCUGAACAACAAAACAUCCGCUGUCAAAAAACAAAUACUAAGUUUUUUGGAAAGUCAGAAAAAUAUUCCUCAGAAGUUCAAUUUCUAUAACGAAAUUGUGAAGUAUUGUUACAAUGAUGUCUAUAUUCUAUCGAAGGCAAUGAACAUUUUCGAAACAGAAUUUGAACAAAUGACCAACGUGUGUCUGUUAGAGGAAUCUACUACAGCUGCGUCAGCUGCGGCAUUGGUGUUUAGAAGGAAUCAUCUUGACCCAGCAAAACCCAUAGUCCUUGAUGAAAAACCAUCUGUUUCGAAAACCAGCUCGGUUGUCAGUCAGAAAUAUCUCGCAUGGUUCAGUCAAAAAGAAGGAGUACAAGUUAACAUGUCGACAACUUAUGGGGAAGAAAAGAUUGGUAAAUAUAGAGUAGACGGUUUUGUACCACCGUGUGAAAAAUAUCCAAAAGGUUUGGUAAUCGAAUUUCAAGGAUGUUAUUGGCAUGCUCAUGAUUGUACGUACGCUGAAGAAUCUGUGAUAUCUGGUGAAAGUGCAAGAGAUAUCAGAGCAAGAGACGAGGCAAGAUUUGAAGACUUAAAACAAAUACAUCCAGUAAAGGUAGUAUGGGAAUGUGAAGUAAAUCAAGAACUUCUCAAAGAUAGUGAAAUGGCAAAGUUUUUUGAAGAGUAUGAGCCUGUGGGAAUACUCCAUUGUGAAAAGUCACUUGUGGGUGGAAGAACAGAAGUGUAUCGCUUGCAUGCUAACAAUGUCCGUCAGUUUCUUCGUUACUUGGAUGUGGUGAGUCUUUACCCCACUGUAAUGAAACACGAAGCAUUCCCAAUUGGAUCACCGGAAAACGUUCAAAGAAAAGACAUGAAAAGUGUGAUGACGAAACCAGAUGAUAUACCAUUUCGAGGAUUCUUGAGUUGUAGAGUAUUGCCUCCAAAGAAUUUGAAACUUCCAAUACUCCCAAUGAAACUAUCGGGAAAACUACUUUUUUGUCUUUGCAAGAAAUGUGCUGUUGGAAUGUGUAAUCAGGAAUGCAAACACAGUGACGAAGAAAGGUCUUUCAAUGGUACCUUUACAACCAUUGAACUCCAAAAAGCUCUAAGCUUGGGUUAUAUCAUAACCGACAUUUAUCACGGUUUGAAGUAUAAUCAUUGGGUACAAAACGAUGAAAAAGGUGAAGGUGGACUCUUCACGUCUUAUAUAAAUCAGAUGAUGGAAGAAAAAAUUUAUAGUUCCGGUUGGCCUUCAAAUGUCAAGACCGAUGAAGAGAAGGAAGCAUUCAUUAAAGCUUAUUUGGAAAAGGAACACAUCCACCUGACUGACCGAAGACGCUUCAAGAAAAACCCAGGAAAACGUGCCGUAGCUAAACUGAUGCUCAAUUCAUUGUGGGGUAAAUUUGCACAGAAUGUCGAUCGAGAAACUACAACAAUCAUCACUGAUCCGUGCGAGUUUUGGAAUCUGGUGUAUGACACCAGUGUAGUUAUUUCCAUCGUCCGAUGUGUAAAUGAUGUUCUUGUUGUUAAACAUCGAAAACAACAGGAAACACUCCAGAGUUUGAAGACUAGUGCCAUGCAACUUGCAUCCUACACAACAUCUUAUGCCCGUCUUCGACUUUACCGAUUUAUGGAAAUGGUUGGUGGAGAAAACAUAAUCUACACAGACACUGAUUCCAUCAUCUACGCAGUACCGGAAGGCACAAAAGACCCGUUGGAAAUGGAAGUUGGACCUUAUCUCGGACAGCUUACUGACGAACUAAGCGGCGAGAUGACGGAGUUUGUCAGUCUAGGACCAAAGACUUAUUGCUACAGAGACCUAAUGAAAAACAAUGAAGAGAAGAUUGUCAGAAAGGCCAAAGGAAUAACGAUGAGCUCACAGGUAGAGAAGUAUGUAAACUUUGAAAUGAUGAGAGCGAUGGUCGAUGAAGCCAUCAAUAACACCGGAGAGCGAACGGAACAUCUUCUACCUCAACACACUAUUCGUAGAGAUAACUCUAACAAAAUGUAUAGUAAAAACACUGAAAAGGUAUUUAAGUAUACAUUUAACAAGAGAAGACUCUUAGGCGAUGGGACUACAUUGCCAUUUGGUUACUGUCAACUUUGA